CUAGAGGAAGACGACCACCAACGUCUUCUCCAGACCAGAUGGUGGCAGUAAGUAUUAUUGCUACUUUGCCGUAUCAAGCAGUGCAACAAACCCGGAGGAAGGACGCUAGUGCACUAUUUGUUUAGGUGACGCAGAUGUCGCAGUCAGCGCAGCCCGGCGUGAUGCCUUCAGCCCCGGACUCCCCAUCUCUGAGCGUGACCGUCAGCGGGAAUGUGCAGAAAUACAGCAUCAAGAAGAAAAAGGUCUUAAAUGCGGAGGAGACUGAGCUGUUCGAGCUCACUCAGGCUGCUGGGAUAGUCAUGGACCAAGAGGUUUUCAAGAUCAUAUUGGACCUGUUAAAGAUGAACGUUGCUCCUCUGGCAGUCUUUCAGACCCUAAAGACCAUGUGUGCGGGGCAGAAGGUCUCUGAAACAUCCACUGGUGACACAUCCACUUCGUCUCACACCACCACUGCACCUUCAGAGUCUAGAGUACGCAGUAAAACAAGUUCAGGGCAGGGUGAGAAAACGGCAAGAGAUGGUUCUAGCCAGCGGGUGCCACGGCAGGUCAGCGCCACCAGGGGGCAGAAGAGCGCCAAGAGCUCAGGCAGCAGCAGCUCGUCUUCUCAGCUCACCUCCAACUGAAGGUCUCCAUGAAUUAAACAACACAUACUAAACUUGCUGAAAAUAAGCUCUUUUUUUUCUGUUGGAGAAGGUUCCUGUAGAAUUGGCAAAAACGUUUGCACUGUAAACAAAAAUAGUUAAGUUGCUUUAGGGAUCUCCUUCGGGAUGUCUUCAGUGUUUCAUUGAAGACUUCUUUGCAUUAAAUUUGCAUCUAGCCCACAGAGACUAUAGCUGAAGUAUGCCAUAUUUUCCAUGGUUUAUUUUACACUUUCACACCAAAACCAUUUGAGGAAAACACAGAUAAUCUUUUGCUAUCUUUAAACCAUCCACUUCUAAAAUCUGAAGCACAUCUGUUUUAAACCGUGCUUGUUUAAGACACUCUACAUUGUCUUGAUAGACUGUGAUGUCUAUAUGGGCUUUAUUUUCUAUUAUUUUGAUUUGUGAAA